GGCGAGGCCAAAAGCCUUACACCCAAACAGUGUGUCAUAAUGGAGGUGGCGCUGGAAACUAUUAAGCAAUACUUCCAUGCGGGGGGUAACGGUCUGAAGAAGACCUAUGUGGAGAAGAGUCCUGAGCUGUCUAAACUGAAAUACACUCUGUCCCUCUACUCUCAGAGCACUGAUGCACUGAUUAAGACCUUCGUCACCACACAGCACACACAGGUUCAUAAUGAGAUGGGCAUCAGGAUUACUCCAAGUGAGAAGGUUUGGCCUGAAAGAGGUUCAGGAACGGAGAAGUCUAUUGGUGAGGCCCAGAUCCAGAUAGACAUGGUGCCUCCAGGCAAAGACAAGAUCCACAAGGUCAACAUCAGAGUGAUAGCAGUGAAUGAUAUGAAGUGGCAGACCUCAGGGAUGUUCCGUCCCUUUGUGGAGGUCAAUAUGAUUGGUCCACUCCUCACUGGCCAGAAGAGGAAGUUCACCACCAAGUCAAAGAACAACAGCUGGACAGCCAAGUACAACGAGACCUUCCAAUUUAUCCUGGGUAAGGAGUCUCCAGACUGCUAUGAGCUGCAGGUGACGGUGAAGGACUACUGUUUUGGCCGGGCCAACCGUGUCGUGGGCGUGGCCGUAGUCCAGCUGAGGGAUGUAGCUGACAGGAAGUCAUGCGUGUGCUGGUGCCCACUGGGUAGAACCAUCCAGAAGGACGAGACGGGCGUGACGGUGAUGCGUAUCCUGUCUCAGCGGGCGGCCGACGAGGUGGCCAAGGACUUUGUCAAACUGAAGGAUGAGACACGCCCUGUAGAGGAGGGGAGAUGA